AUGGCCGUGAAUCGCACAAUCAGUAUCGCGUGUCAGAUUGCAAAAGGUAUGGGCUAUUUACAUGCGAAAGGCAUUGUGCAUCGAGAUCUCAAAACACGGAAUAUCUUUGUGGAAGCCAACUCUCGCGUUGUCAUCGGUGACUUCGGGGUGUUCAACUUUGUACGACUUUGUAAGAAAGCAAAAUGGGGAAACUAUUUGAAUGUUCCACCUUCUUGGCUAUGUUACAUUGCCCCGGAAAUUAUUCAGGCACUCAACUUGAAUUAUGCUUUUGUCACAACAGCAAGCGAACUGCCUCUGACACCAAGUUCUGAUGUGUUCGCCUUCGGUACUGUGUGGUACGAACUUCUUACUAACGAGUUCCCAUUCAAAGGCUCUCCUGCUGAAGCGGUCAUUUAUUUGAGCGGCCGAGGUAUUAAACAGAACCUUCGCAUUCCCGGACCGAAGGACUUCAAAGAAAUUCUCACUCAAUGCUGGGCCUAUUCACCGACCCGUCGACCAGAGUUCACCACUGUUGUCCGCCUAUUGGACCGUUUGCCCAAGUUGCAUCGCAGUCCGUCGUAUCCGGCGAAACCGACCUCAUGCAUCAAUUCUGUCUCACACGAUAGUCUUCUGGUCUAG